CGACAACCUCUUCCUCCUCUUGACCACCAAAAAGCCUCUGAGCUGACGACACAAGGCGUGCCUCCUGCAUCGCAUCUCUACAACCAGGAAGAGGUUACCGACCUAGGUGUCGACCCAGGUACAUCCACAUUCACGACUGUGGCGCGGCGCCUACAUACGGAAACACCGGUGGAAUCGAAGCUUGGUUCUGUCAUACUGUAACUCGUAGUGGACGCAGAAGCCUCAUUGGGCUGUGUUUCUCAAAGGUCUUUCAAGGCAAACCCUCAGGACGCCCCGGCUGCGCCUUACAUCCGCUACACAGAUCUUCGUACAGCCGCAAUGCCUGGGAGCAGUCCACCUCCGAUGACCAAUCGAUCUCAGGCUGCACCUCCAAAUCGACGUACUUCCUUGAACCGAAAUGACGAUAGCCCCUAUCCACGCACUGCGCGGGCGGUCCAGCCUAAUCCGCUGCAACCACAACAUCCAGACGCGCCACAUCGGCUGCCCUUCAGCUGGUCCUCCUCACUUCUGACAAUGCUCACUGUGAUCGGCUGCUUUGUCGUCCUCUGCUCGUACGCCUCCUCCGCGAGCACGCUGUUCGCCCUGUACGCCGCGCAGCCCGUCUACGCGCUGUACCCCACGCUCGUCGCCGCGAUGCUCGUUGGGGGGUGUUCCGCCCUCAUCUGCUACUUCCCCACCAUGCUUGCCGUAUUCACCUUCCAGCUCCUGUUCGACACCGACAUCCGCAAGACUCACACGCCCCCACCCGGCUCAGCACUGGCCCACGCACAGGCUCCUGCCGCGAGGGAGAUGGGCUGGUCGUUGAUCCGCGACGGGGCCACCACGAUCAAGCUCGCGCUGCUGGUCGCUCCGGUGUAUGUUAUGGCCGUCGGGCGCGUGGGGAGCGCGGCGGUGGAGAGUAGGGCGCUGGACGCUGCGGCGGGCGGUCAGCUCGCGGCGGCGAUUAUGACGUUGAAGAUCAUGACAGUCGGGAUGCGCGAGAUAUGGGACUUGGUCCCGCUGGUGAUUUUCAGGUGGCAUCGGGACGCGCGGAGACAAUGAGAUGACAUUGUGGUGAGUUGGAGGAGGAGAACUACUAUCGGUGAGGCUCUCGUCAUGGCUGCUUGGUGUAUCAUGGUGUCGUGUUCGUCAUUUGUGACUUGUUCUGUUCAGACUGAUCUCUGCGAUCGUUAGGUUCUCUGG